AUGGAGUCAACAUCGUCGGAAGCACAGGUCACACAGUCAGGACAGGCAAUCGCAAUAAACAAUAUCUGUUGUUCGCAAUUGGCGGAGCUUUUUGGUCCAAUGUUUGGUCCUAAUGGCUCUGUAAAGGCCCUUUUGAGCGGUGGCCAGCAAUUGAAUCUCACCAAGGAUGGCAAUUCGCUAUGCAAAGAUAUCCAGUUCACCCAUCCUACGUCAAUUCUAAUUACCCGAACUGCAUCAUCGCUAUACAAUAGUAAUGGCGAUGGUACUAUUGCUUUUAUUUUACUCGCCUGUGAAUGUUUUAAGGAAGCAUACAAGUAUUACUGUGAAGGCACAUCGCUUCCUCUGGUAAUCAAUUCGUUACAGCUGGCUCUUAAGGAUGUAUCCGAGUUGAUACAAAAUAGCGCAGUUCCAUUAUCCGACAAGACAUUGAGGCAAUUGGUCUUUACUUCCCUCAGUACUAAAGUAAGAAAUCCGGGGUUUCUGGUUGAUAUUGUUUUAAAGGCCAUGGCCAGUCUCAAUCGAUCCUUCGACACGAAUAUGAUAGAAAUCCUCAAAAUGGAAGAAGGUGAUAUCGCCGAUUCAAUCUUUGUCGACGGGCUAGUUCUUGAUCAUGGCGGCAGACACUAUACAAUGCCGACGCAUGUUGAGAAUGUGUGUGUAUUGACAGCCAAUAUGUCACUGGAAUAUGAGAAGCCAGAAGUAAAUGCAGAGUUCUGCUAUAGUUCAGCACAGCAAAGAGAACAGUUGGCUUUGAGUGAGAGAGAAUUUAUCGCUGAAAAGGCUAAAAAGAUAGCCGAUCUGGCCAAUACCUUGAAGAGAGAGGGCAAAGCCCUUGUUUUAAUAAAUGAAAAGGGCAUUGAUCCAUAUUCAUUAGAAAUACUGGCAAAUGCUGGCGUGCUGGCACUAAGAAGAGCCAAGAGAAGAAACUUAGAAAGACUUGUAAACAUGUGUGGUGGCAAGCUGGUUACUCAAGUUUCACAGCUUUGUAAAGAAAACCUUGGAUUCUGCCAGAAAGUAACGGUAAAAACAAUAAACGAGAACAAGUAUACAUUUAUUGAAGGCACUCCUCUCAAGGGCUCAUGCACAAUUCUUCUGAGAGGUGAUUCAGACUAUGAAAGAAUAAGCAGGAGCAUCAAAGGCACAGUCAACUCGCUUGCCAUUGCCAUUCAAACAAAAUGCUGUAUCUAUGGCGGUAUUGAUCUCUACAAAAGUAUUAUAACUACACUCAAUGAGAAAAUGCAGAAUGUGCAUCAUUCUGAUGCUGUAGGCUACAAAAUUUUAUCAAGAGCGUUUGAGGGCCUUAUCAAGACACUGCUGAGAAAUGAUGAUAAGAACAUCAAUGAAGAAUUAGUAAGGUUAUUUAGAGAAAAUGAGCCUGACCAGAAUGUUGUGGAGAAUAUCAAAGUGGUGAAUAGUUGUAUUACCAACGCAGUUAUUACAACAAUCAAUCUGCUUAUGUGUGAUGAAAUAAUUCUUGCUGGAAAGUCUAUAAACCAGGGCAGCAAGGGUACGGAACAAUAA